UUCUCUCUCUCUCAAACUUUCAAACACAUUCUUGUUCUUUUCUUCGAGUUACACAUAAUUUUCUUCUCCCUUGUUCAAAAUCAUGUCUCCUCUCUAAUAGAACCCAAAUUCAAAAUCCGUGGGUUCUUGAAAGUAACCUUUUUGUUUUUUCCUUUGGAAAAGAAAGAACGAAAUGAGGCAAUUAGUUAUUACAGCUCUUGUUUUACUACAAGCUUAUGUUCUUCUUCAUCAAUCCACAUGUGUUGUGUCCCUCACUUCACAAGAAUCUCUUGCUCCUCAACCUUCUGCUUUCACCCCUGGCUUAUCUCCUGAUUAUCAACAGGGAGAGAAGGAAUUGCAUAAACAAGAUAGUAACAACAUGAGGCUGGUUAUUUCACUUGCAGCUGCUUUUUCCUUGGUUGGUAUAAUCUUACUUUGCUCUCUGCUUUAUUGGGUCUGCCAUAGGAGAAGGAACCUUAAGGGCUCAGGGUGUGGAUGUAGUGGAAUCACAUUAUCAAGGUUCUUGAAUCCUUUUAGUCGCUCAAAAACAUUAGACAAGAGAACAGCAAAUCAGGGAAUGGUGUCGCUAAUCGAUUACGAUAUGAUAGAAAAGGGAACUAGUGAUUUUAAGGAGAGUAACAUUUUGGGUCAAGGUGGAUUUGGAUGUGUAUAUUUGGCCACCUUAGAGAACAACAUUCAAGCUGCGGUUAAGAAGCUAGACUGCGCCAAUGAAGAAGCGGCCAAGGAAUUUAAGAGUGAGGUUGAGAUAUUGAGUAAGCUCCAGCACCCGAAUAUAAUAUCGCUCUUGGGAUAUAGCACGAAGGAUACUGCACGAUUCAUCGUCUAUGAGCUGAUGCCAAACGUUUCUCUGGAAUCUCACUUGCACGGAGCGUCUCGGGGUUUGGCGAUCACGUGGCCUAUGAGGAUGAAGAUUGCACUUGAUGUAUCAAGGGGACUAGAAUAUUUGCAUGAACAUUGUCAUCCAGCGAUCAUUCACAGGGACUUGAAAUCCUCCAACAUAUUAUUGGAUAGUAAUUUCAAUGCUAAGAUUUCAGAUUUUGGUCUUGCUGUUGUUGAUGGGCCAAAGAACAAGAACCAUAAACUUUCAGGGACAGUUGGCUAUGUUGCACCAGAGUAUCUUCUAGACGGCCAAUUGACAGAAAAGAGCGAUGUGUAUGCUUUUGGAGUAGUGUUGUUAGAGCUUUUACUUGGGAAAAAACCUGUAGAGAAACUAGCUCCUGGUGAAUGCCAAUCUAUCAUCACUUGGGCAAUGCCUUAUCUCACAGAUAGAACCAAGUUACCAAGCGUCAUAGAUCCUGCGAUCAAAGACACAAUGGACUUGAAACACCUUUACCAGGUAGCAGCAGUGGCAGUUUUGUGCGUGCAGCCAGAACCGAGUUACAGGCCGUUGAUUACAGACGUCUUGCAUUCUCUUAUACCUUUGGUUCCAAUGGAACUUGGUGGAACCUUAAAACCCAUCAAAUCUACUUCCAUGGAUCACUACUGUUAAAUAAACACCAUAGAAAACCGGGGUUUUAAGAAUCGGUUUAAUAUUGACCGGUAGGCGGUUUUGAUGUGUAAAUUGGGGUUAGAGAAGGUCUAAUCGGAACAUUACAGUAACGAGUUUUUUCAUCUUUUAUUUCUUCUCCUUCAAAAAUUCUUACUUUCGACCUCCCAAAAAGUUGUGUGCUCCGUAUCCUUUCUUUCCCCAACUUGAAAUUAAUUAAAUUUUUGUAUAAUAAAAGUAACGCAAUCAGUAUUUCAA